AUGGAGGACGGCCGUGCCGAUGUCCUCAGAGUCAAUCCAGAAGAAAGCUAUGUAGAGCCGAAUGCUGACCAGAACGAUUUCGUUAUCAGGGACCAUCUCGAAAUUCGAGCUGGCAACGAGUAUCCCAUGACAGUACAGCUUGGGAGCAAUGUCCAGGCCGUCGUUUGGUACCUUGGUUAUCCUCAGUGGAGGCAAUAUCUGGACCUCGCUCUGGUACAUCCUUCGCAAAUCCUGAGGCGGUAUUGGCAUUUUUUGACUACUGAGUGCGAAGAUGAAGACGAUCUCUUUGACUUCAUAGGCCACCCGUCAGGAUUGGAGGCUACCUCCUGGACCGUCACCCGAUAUUGA